AUGUGUUGCUACUGUGUUUGUUGUACUGUUUCUGACUUCAUAUUGUAUAUCAUUGCGACUUUUUUUCCCCCAGUGGCAGUCCUUUUUCGAUCUGGGCCUUUUUCAUCUGAUUUCCUUUUGAAUGUACUGCUAACGUUACUGGGGUUCUUGCCCGGUAUGUUGCACGCAUUUUACUACAUUACGAUUACAAGUCCCCUUAGAAAUGCCGAAUACGUCUAUUACUACCAACAAGGCUGGGUGGAUAGUGAAAGAAACGUUCCUUCAAAUCGUCCUCAAGACGCCCAGACUUCCCAACAUGGUCAUCAGCAAGGAAGCUCUACUAGAAACGUAUACCCAACCAUCCAAACUCCUCUAUUACAGGGUACAGCACCCCAUGACAACAAACAAUCUACCGUUGAAUCUCCCCCUCCUUAUGUUCCAUGA